UAGAAGUCAUAUCAAUAAAUACCCAAGUGGAGGCAAAGGUAUAUAUUUUUCCCCCCUCAGGUUAAAUAUGUAUUGAAGCACCUCACUUAGAAGCCCAGGUCUCUAGGAGACUGUAAGUCUAGAACUGAGAAGAUAUAUCAGACCAGAGACUAGUAAGCGUGGAGACUGGUCCCUGGGUACCAUAGGCAGACAUUGCUGCAAGGUAAAGACCACACUAGCUGAUUGCAACAGCUUCCACUUUCCCAGCAAGUUAAAGUCAAGGCUGUGGGCAUCACACGCAAAUUCAGAUUCACACCAACCAUGUUCUGGCCCUAGCGGGCCACGUGCACGAGCUUUAAGGUCCUGCGCAGCGGAAACGCGUGGGCGGCACGUGGCGGCAUCCGGCGCGCCCGGGAGCCAGCGGCAUGGACGUGGGCGCCGAUGAAUUUGAACAGAGCCUCCCACUCCUGCAGGAGCUUGUCGCGGGUGCGGACUUCGUGGGUCUCGACAUAGAGUUCACAGGUCUGCGUUCAAACUUGUCCCGGCCCCAGCAGAUCAGUCUUUUUGAUUUGCCGUCUGAGUGGUAUGUGAAGACCCGUCAGAGUGUUCAGCAAUUUACAAUCUGUCAGAUUGGACUGUCUGUGUUCUCCAGCAUUGAAGGAGAGUCCAACAAGUAUGUAGCCCACUCCUGUAACUUCUUUCUCUUUCCUACAACGUUUGGGAUCUUGGACUCAGAGUUCUCUUUCCAGGCGUCUAGCGUUCAGUUUUUGAAUCAGUAUGGCUUCGACUAUAACAAGUUCCUCAAAAAUGGAAUCCCAUAUAUGAAUGAAGAACAGGAGAAGAAAAUUAAGCACAGUAUCCUGAGAGGGAACUGGAGAGUCCGAAGCUCUCUGGAUAAAGACCAAAUUAAGGUGGUGAUUGACAAGGUGACUCGGUGGCUGGACCUGGCUGAGGAAGGUGACCAGAUGACUCUGUCUGGCAUUUCUGGGUUCCAAGCCUUUGAGGUCCAACUGGUGCUGAGGCAGGCCCUCCCCAACAUCUGGACAGUGCUGAAAGACGAGGGGGUGGUUGUGAAGAAGGUCAGCCAGCCCCAUCGCUGGUACCUUGAGCACGCCUCUUGCGACCAAGUCAGCUGCUGGAAGGAGCAGAUCCUUCUCUCUGCAAGGGGCUUCUCUGUCUUCUUCCAGAUGUUGGUGAAGGCCCAGAAGCCCUUGGUCGGACAUAACAUGAUGAUGGACCUGCUGCAUCUCCAUGAGAAGUUCUUCCGACCUCUUCCAGAAAACUACGAUCAGUUUAAGCAGAACAUCCACAGCCUGUUUCCUGUCCUCAUUGACACCAAGAAUGUGACAAAGGACAUCUGGAAGGAACUGCGUUUCCCACGAGUCUCCAACCUCUCAGAAGUGUAUGACGUGCUGAGCAGUAACUUGAAUCCCACUCAGAAUUCUGGACCAGUGAUUAUUCAUGCGAGACAGUGUAAAAAAUACGCCGAGACCAAGUGCCCCCAUGAAGCAGCGUAUGACGCCUUCCUCUGCGGGUCAGUUCUCUUGAAAGUGGCGCACUUGCUCCUGCAGAGGGUGCAUGGCAGUGGUCCUGCCGAGGAGCCCACCUUCCCUCAGUACCUCGAAGUGCUGGCGCCUUACGUGAACCAAGUGAAUCUUAUCCGAGCUGGGGUUCCUAAAAUUAAUUUUUCUGGCCCAGAUUACCCCAGUAUCCGCCCUCCUGUACUUAUCCUCACCGUCAGGAGGUGGCCUGGGGUCAGCGAGCAUCAGGUCUACCGUGAGUUCCAGAACCUCUGCAAGUUCGACGUCAGGCGGUUCACCCGAAGCCAGUUCCUGCUCCUGACCAAUAAGUUUAAGGAUGUCCGAAGUGUCUUGAAGGAGUACAGGAGCCAUCCAACCCUGCAGGUCUCCCUGUACCGGUACUGGAGACAUUCCCCCAACAUCACCUGCCUGUUACAAGUCUGCAGCAUCGUCACCACCUGGGCCAUGGUUGCCUUCGUCCUGGGAAGAUGGAGCCCCAGAGUGCAGUGAGCCGCCUCAGCUUCUGCCCUAGCUUCCCGAGAUGGCCCUCACGGCCCGGCCCGUCUGUAUGAACCAGUUUGUUUUCAGGCAGACCUGUGUGGUCCUUUGUAGAUACUUUGUUUUGUUCUGAAUGUGAGAUUCUGUAAAUAUGACUGAUGAUAAAACAAAAACAAACAAACAAACAAAACCCUUGCAUGUAGGACCUUUGUCCAUGGCCAAUGUCCAUGGCCUGUAAACUGCCGGGCGAUGUCCUGGCCACUUGGGUUGGAGCCACUGCCCCAGCAUGCCCAGAGUUUUGGUGGGUAUGUGUGAGUGAAGGGGCUAUUUGACAUGGAGCUGGCGGAGGGGAGGGAAGGGGCUGCUGUGGCUUCUGUUGAUGCUGUGUGAGUACCACACUGCAGGUAUCUGGCCAACACUGGGAUGCAAAGAACAGUGAGUGAGACCUCCAGAGCUCCAGGCUUGCGGAACUCGUGGUUUAAGAACGGGAAGAGAUCAGUUGCAGACAGUGAUGCUGUGGAGGAAACCCUGAGGCAAGGUCACAGAAUGGAGGGAUGUCAGUCACCCAGGCUUGGGAGGCAUGCCCUUGCUGGGGACUCAGACUCCCAGCAUUCUGUCCUGCUGAUUCUGCCCCAGCCGAGCAGCACGGGCAGCAUGUGAAAUUCAUAGUUCCAUGGUCGGAGCAGGCCCAGCUCUACUGUCACGUUACUGCUCGAAGACUGGACACAGCCAUCUCACCAGAGCGCUUUGAAAACCUUAGUUCCCACAACGAAGAGAGGAGCUGUAUCAUUUUUUCUCUCCAGAGCUGAGAAGACGACCCAAGCGUUUUUCCUCUAAGUUGUGGGGUGGAGCGAACUCACUCCCCACCCCAGAUCCUCAGUGACUCGGGGUUUAAGAUGCCUCUCGGGAGCCUCUUCCUUUUCUCUCCCCGACUUCCUUCUCUCUCAGAGCAGCCUCAGCUCUAGGCUAACGUGGCUUGUGUUCCUGCCUGCAGACACCUGGGCCUCUCUGCACCCCCUGCCCCACUCCACCCCACCCCAGCUUUUGUAGAGCCCUCCUUCCUCAUCGGGGCCCCAUGCUCAUGCAUUGACACCUUUUACCGAGAUCACAGCUGGGCCCUAGUUUGGAAGGCCCCAUCCUACAUCUUCCUUCCACCAGGGCUGACGUGGUCCCCUGGGACUAGGCUGGUUCUGAGCCCACUUGCCCUGGUAGCCACACUUCACCGUCCGUUAUGGAGGCCACCUCCCUCAGAUGACAUGCCCACUGCGAUCAGCGGCAUUUAGUGGAGACGUGUGGAAGCUGGUGCAGGAUGGAUGACUGGAGGAGCCGGCUGAGGUAACCCCUUAUCACCUGACCUUUUUGUGCACAGAGCCUCCUGACCCCAGUCACCAUCUUAUCUUCUCUCUGCUCCUCUGAGGGGCCUGAGUGAAUCCUUUAGUUCCAGGGUCUUAGGUGACUUCUCAUUCAGUUGGACAUUUAUUUUUUAUAUUUUUUUUUUGGCUUUUCGAGACAGGGUUUCUCUGUGUAGCUUUGGUGCCUGUCAUGGAUCUCGCUCUGUAGACCAGGCUGGCCUCGAACUCACAGAGAUCCACCAGCCUCUGCCUCCCGAGUGCUGGGAUUAAAGG